CGCGGCGCUUCCUUGCCUUUGCCGUGUUUUGCUGAGCGACAUGGGCCUCUUCUCGUCCGCCCCCGACGAGGAGCAGCAGAAGGCAUGCCUCGCCGCCCUCGCCGCCGCCUUCCCCGACGUCAGCGAGCGGACCCGCAAGCAGUACGCGGCGUCGCACAAGUUCAAGCCCGACAAGGCGUCCAAGGCGCUGGGCGAGAGCGAGAAGUGGCGGGCAGAGACUCUGCCAAGAGCGCCCGGCCCCGACGGCAGCGAUGGCGCCGCCGCCGCGUCGCUGCUCUUCACGCACCGCGGCUUCGACCACCACGGCCGCCCCGUCUUCCUCUACUACGGGAGUUCCUUCGCGCCCAAGAAGUGGGACGCGGACGCCGUCAUGCUCGGCGUCGUGCACACGCUCGAGGCGGGCUUCGCCGCCGCCGAUGCCAAGGACCCGACCAACGACGGAUGCUGCGUCAUCAUCUUCCUCAUGGACGGAGGCACCAAGCUCGACAUGGGCCUUGCCAAGCAGUUCUCGCGCCUGGUCGGCGCGCACUACCCAGGACGUGCGUACAAGGCGCUCAUCUACCCGGGCACGCCUCUCGCCACCAGGCGUGGAGGUCGUCCUCGUCAAGCAGAAGGUGGAGGGGCGCAAGACCUUCGAGGAGCACCUCCCUGAGGAGACCCUCUCCCUCGUCGGCAUCGACAGCUGGGAAAAGGUGCCGUGGGGGUCCGACCCAGACCGCGACGGCGCGCCGGCGUGCGACGCCGACGCCGGGGCUGUGGCGGCGGCGGGGCCAGCCUGAGCCUACUAACAUAUACAGUCGGGCGCGCGUUGUGUCGCGGGGAGAGUGGCGCGGGCCGUGGAUUGGCGGCCAGCUGGAUCAGCUACCGCACCGCGCGGCGUCCCCAUCGCAUCACGACGAGGAUAUACGGCUUUAUGCGUGCGGAGAGUCGCAAUGGACUCGGUCCCGGUCAGACGUGAGUGUCGUGAGGGAGGGGAGGCGGGGGACACGGGAAGUCUGGGCAACGUAAACGUAGAAAUAAGGAAAGUGCCCCCAGAGAGGCCAGAGACUGUGAGCUCAGAGUCCAGAAAAUCUCGCGAUCCGAAAACCGCGCGCGCGCACAAACACACGUCACAGUUUGUACAGUGUACUACUGGAGUACACACACAUAUGCACAUCCCACAUCAUGCACAUGCUAGCGCAUCUCUGCCAGUGGCGCCGAUGGCGACGGCGCGAGG